AUGGAUUCUCUUUUCUCUGUUACUCUCUCCCAGAACACACUUGUUGCCGUAUUUCCUCCUGAUUUUUUUUUCCUCUCCCGUCAAAUCGCCAUUGUCUCUCCGUUCACGGUCGUCCGCUUCUCGCCGUUGAAGCUUUUCCGUUCUUUGCAGCGAGAAACUUGGCUAUACACCUAUUUGCUUCUAUUACUCCGAGCGAGGCAAAUCUCUCAUACUCGGAGUGAAAGCAUGUCUUACGGUGGUCCGUCGAUGAAUCCACCUGCUAUGAUUGGCGCGGUUUCUGGGUCAAGUGGUAAUCUCAAACAGGUGAAAUUGGAGAGAGAAAGCGAACUCAGGAUCGAAGUCUCUGACGAGCCUCUCAGGCUCCGUGUGGUGAACGGGACGGCUGAGAUUUUCGGCUCUGAACUGCCUCCUGAAAUCUGGCGUACCUUCCCUCCUCGUCUCAAAUUCGCGGUUUUCACCUGGUAUGGAGCAACAAUUGAGAUUGAUGGUGUCACGGAAACUGACUAUACAGCAGAUGAGACGCCAAUGGUCAGCUACGUCAAUGUGCACGCCAUACUAGACGCAAGGAGACGUUUUGCCAAAGCUUCCACAUCUACUGACUCAGAAUCUACUCAGGGACCUCGGGUUAUCGUAGUAGGGCCUGCGGAUUCAGGAAAGAGCACAUUGACAAAGAUGCUUCUUAGUUGGGCAGCCAAACAAGGAUGGAAGCCUACAUUUGUAGAUCUUGAUAUUGGCCAAGGCUCGAUUACAAUACCAGGAUCUAUUGCCGCUACACCUAUAGAAAUGCCAUUGGAUCCAGUGGAAGGGGUAUCUCUGGAUAUGGCCCUCGUGUACUACUACGGCCACGUUUCGGCAGAUAACAACGUUGAACUGUACAAAACUCUGGUGAAAGAGCUUGCACAAGUGCUGGAGAGACAGUCUCUGGGAAGCCCUGAGUCUCGAGCCGCUGGAAUGGUGAUCAACACAAUGGGAUGGAUCGAUGGUAUCGGUUACGAGCUGCUUCUCCACGCGAUCGACACAUUCAACGCCUCGGUUGUGCUUGUAUUGGGUCAGGAAAAGCUCUUCAGCAUGCUUAAAGAUGUGCUGAAAAGUAAGAGUAAUGUCGACGUCGUGAAACUUCACAAAUCAGGUGGAGUUGUAGCUAGGAGCCGUGACGCCCGUAAAGUAGCAAGGACUUGUAGGAUUCGGGAAUAUUUCUACGGUCUGUCGAAAGAACUCUCCCCGUAUUCCAAUACAUCGAGCUUCAGUGAUCUGCAAGUGUUCCGCAUUGGUGGUGGACCACAAGCUCCAAGAUCAGCUCUUCCAAUCGGGUCUGACCCGGUUUCUAAUCCUUUGAAGGUAACGCCUGUAAAUUUCGAUGAUCGGGGCCUGCUCCAUUCUGUUCUCGCUGUCUCACAUGCAGAAGAGCCAGACCAGAUCGUCUCAAGCAAUGUAUCUGGGUUUGUGUGUGUGACGGAAGUUGAUGUGCAGAGGAAGAAGAUAACGUAUUUAGCACCAUCGCCUGGGGCAUUGCCCAGCAAGUUCUUGGUCGCUGGAUCUUUGUCGUGGCUUGAGUCAUUAGAAGCAAGAAGAUGAUUAAAUUAGACAAGAGAGAGCCAUGUUGUUUGCUAAGAGUGCUAAGAGAAGAGAAUGAUGCAGCACUCAAAUUCGCUAUUUCAUGUAACUUUAACUACACAGAUACUGUAGCCUUUUUCUUACAUCUCAAGGUUCCGAGUUUGAAAAUUUGUUGUUGUGGAUAAGAUUAAGGUUAUUCUUUUGUUAUGUGAUUCUAUAAAGGGGGAGAAAUGAGAAAAUAAUAUGAUAUGAUGUUUUAGCCGCCUUUGAUUUUUUUUUUUUUGUUAAUUAAACUAGAU